UUUCAAUUUUUGUCUUCUUCGAAAACCAUCAAAAAAUAAUGAAGAAACCCCACUUGCAUUCCCAAUUAAUUUAACCUCAAUUUCUUCAAUCACCUCCUUAAAAACUCUCAGAUCUAUCUCCCCCUUCAUUGGAAUUGUUGGUGGAAGAAGCAAAUUCUUCGAAUUCCGCUCUGUAAGUGUAUAAUUAGCUUAGCUCAGAUCCGGAAAUGAAGCGAUCAGUUCCCGCCGAGGGUGAUUCCGUCGCCGGCGAAGAAGAGAUCACGGCUGCGUUGCUGAAGAAGAAGACUAAGUUGGAGGAAGAUUCAGGAGCGGUCGUUGUUGUUGUUGCGGCGGAUUUGGUUUUGUCCGACGAGAACUUGCUGUACGAGGUGUUGAAACACGUCGAUGGUCGGACGUUGGCGGCGUCGGCGUGCGUGAACAAGCAGUGGAGCAAGACUGCUCAGGAUGAGCGGCUUUGGGAACUGAUCUGUACUGAGCACUACUCCAAGAUUCCGGUUCAGCUCCGGUCGGUGGUUCUCGCCCUCGGUGGUUUCCGGCGGCUUUUCUCGUUGUAUCUGUGGCCGCUUCUGAAGCCGACGGCUUCAGCUUCUUCCUCGCCGGUGUCUUCGGCUUGGCCGUGCCUACCCGCUCCGGUGCCGCCGGUCGCGGCGAAACCUGCCGGAAAUGGAAUGAAGAAAAGAUGGGGAAAGGACGAGGUUAAUCUCUCAUUAUCCCUGCUUUCGAUUCGAUACUUUGAGACGAUGAACUUCAACAAUCGGGCCAAAGCUAAAUUUUAGUCGCCCAAUUAUGUCUCUCGGUUUGGAAUUGAUAUAAUGUUUCUUCCACCCUUUGAGUUUAAUUUAGCUGAAUAUUAAGCCAACUUUGUGUCCGAUCAGAUUUGUAGCUUUUUUAAUCUUCUUUUUCCCCAAUUUCCCUGAUUAUCCCUGCUUAGAUUGAGAUGUAAGUAUUGAUUGUAUGAUGUAAUUUGAGUGAUUUUAUAAUGCAAUGCUAACUAUUUCCUACUCUUCAGUUCUUUG